AUGAAAUUGCUGGUCGUCGCCGCCCUUCUGGCCGUUGCCUCGGCAGCUUCAUUCAGGGUCCGCCGUGACCACCACGAGCCCCACGACUACAGCGUGGACACCCUCACCACCAAGGUGCUCACCUGGCUGACCGAUGACCAAAAGGCCGCCCUCAAGGCCCUCGAAAAUGACAAGGAUGCCCUUCUUGCCAAGGUCGAGGAAUACUUCAAGGGACACGACAAGAAAGACGAGGCCGCCGACAAGAUCAUCCACGCCUGCAAGCACGUCAUCACCGACGCCAUCGGAGACGAGAAGGCCUCCGAGCUGAAGAAGCUCAAGGAGUCCGGAGCCGCCGUUGACCAGAUGGAGGCUAAGGUUACCACUUUCCUGGAUGAAGCCGCCGAUUCGGAAGCCAAGACCGUUGCCAAGCACAUCAAGGACUCGUGCAAGAAGGUCUUCCAAUACAAGGCUACUGCUGCUGCCUCCAGGAAGCGCCGCGACGCCCCCGCCUACAACCUCGACCUCGCCAUCGAUAAGGUGCUCACCUGGUUGUCCGCUGAGCAGAAGGCUGAGUUGAAGGGACUUGAGGGAGACAAGCAGAAGGUUCUUGAGAAGAUCGGCGAGUACUUCAAGGCGCUCACCGGUGACGUGAAGAAGGAGGCCGUCGAGAAGGUCAAGGGAGCCUGCAAGGCCGUCUUCUCUUCCGCUGUUGGAGAGGACAAGCUCGGCGAGGUCAAGAAGAUCAAGGAGGCUGGUGGAUCGAUUGAGGAUAUUGAGAAGAAGGUCAACGAACUGGUCGAAGCCGCCGCCGACUCUGAAGCCAAGACCCUCGCCGUGGCCGCCCAGCCCCACUGCAAGAAGGCAUUCCAGUGGAAGGCCGACGCC